AUGCCGCCCAAGAGCGAACCGGUGCCGAGCGCCCAGGCGCCCAAGCCCCACGGCAUUCUGAAGAACAUCAAGCCAAGCGACGGAGCAAAUGUGGACAACAGGCUUCAGUGGGACGAAUCAAACCUCUCUCUGAACCAAGAGGAGCGCGACAAUGCGGCGGCCCGCAUGACCAUUGACGAGCCCAAGACGCCGUUCGUGCACAGCGCGUCGGCACCCCCGAUGGAGGAAGAGGAAUUCGACCUCGACACGGACAAGGACGCGCGGCCGGUGGCGACCAGCGCCUCGCUCGAUCUCGACCAGGUCGAGGCCAACACCAAGGCGAAUGCGGCGAUUUCUGGGUCGUACCGCCAGCUGAAAGAGCGUGUCGAGUCGUCGCCGACGAUUGCAUCGCCCACGCCGACGUACCCCACGACGGACGGCGACGAAGCGAAGCACACCGAGCCUUGA